AUGGAGGGAAGCAGAUCAGAAACUUCUGCAGCUGAAGCGAGUGAAGAAAUAAUUUAUACGUCUGUCAAAUUCUCUCAGACUCCUCCGCUGAGGGCCAAAGCUGCACGGGAAAAAAGAGCUCCCUGUCUGUGGCCAGCGGUUGUGCCAAGCCUGGCUAUAGGCUUUGGGAUACUGAGCAUCUCCCUAGCGAUUGCUUUGAUAUGGAAGAUGAGUGACUCCAAACCAAGCUGUCCUGAGCGGUGGGUGGCCUACAGAGGGAGCUGCUACUUCUUCUCUAAGGAGAAGAAGGACUGGCAUUCCAGCCAGGAAUCCUGCCGGGCGCAGGGAGCUCAUCUCCUGGUGAUCAGCGAUACCAGUGAAAUGGACCUGUUCAAGACUAUUCAAACAGGAUGUUUCUGGAUUGGACUGAGGAGCAGCACAGGCUCUGGAUGGAUUUGGGAAGAUGGCUCUAUAUUCAAUGGCACCAGGAUAGUCUCUAACAGUCCUGUGCAACACUGCGUUGUCCUGAUGAAAGAACAAUUUCAGGCCUCCAGCUGUGAAUUUUCUGCUCCGUGGAUCUGUGAGAAACCUCUUAGAUAA